CCAGGGCGGCUCCCCCACGCGCUGCGCCCGCGCCCGGCUGCCGGGGUCCCCGCGCGCCCCAUGUCCUCCGCGCCGCUGCGCUCGCCCGCCCUGCGGCCCCACAGGAUGAAGAAGGACGAGUCGUUCCUGGGCAAGCUGGGCGGCACGCUGGCGAGGAAGAAGAAGGCCAAGGAGGUGAGUGACUUGCAGGAAGAAGGGAAAAAUGCCAUCAACUUGCCGAUGUCCCCUGCCUCGGUGGAGAUCCACCCUGAAGACACCCUGCUCGAGGAGAACCAAGAGCGCACGGUGAUCGACCCCACCUCCAGGGAGGACCCCAAGUUCAAGGAGCUGGUCAAGGUUCUCACCGACUGGGUCAACGACGUGCUGGUGGAGGAGAGGAUCAUCGUAAAGCAGCUGGAGGAGGACCUGUACGACGGGCAGGUGCUGCAGAAGCUCCUGGAAAAACUGGCAGACUGCAAGCUGAACGUGGCCGAGGUGACCCAGUCCGAAGUAGGACAGAAGCAGAAGCUGCAGACGGUGCUUCAGGCGGCGCAGGAGCUGCUGCCGCCCCGUGGCCGGGCGCUCCAGUGGACCGUUGACUCGAUUCACGGGAAGAACUUGGUGGGCAUCCUCCACCUCCUCGUGGCCCUGGCCACGCACUUCCGGGCCCCGAUCCGCCUUCCCGAACACGUCUCCGUGCAAGUGGUGGUCGUCCGGAAGCGGGAAGGCCUGCUGCACUCCAGCCACGUCACGGAGGAGCUGACCACGACCACCGAGAUGAUGGUGGGUCGGUUUGAGCGGGACGCCUUUGACACGCUCUUCGACCACGCCCCGGACAAGCUCAGUGUCGUGAAGAAGUCUCUCAUCACAUUUGUGAACAAGCACCUGAACAAGCUGAAUUUGGAGGUGACGGAACUAGAGACCCAGUUUGCAGAUGGCGUGUACCUGGUUCUACUCAUGGGGCUUCUGGAAGACUACUUUGUACCCCUGCACAACUUCUACCUGACCCCGGACAGCUUCGACCAGAAGGUCCACAAUGUGUCAUUUGCCUUUGAGCUGAUGCUGGAGGGAGGCCUUAAGAAGCCCAAGGCUCGGCCCGAAGAUGUGGUGAACCUGGACCUCAAAUCCACCCUGCGGGUUCUUUACAACCUGUUCACCAAAUACAAGCACCUGGAGUGACGGGAAGGGAGCAGUAGACACCGCGGCGGGGACGGUGCUUUGGGAGGCGCCCUGGCCUCCCCUCCAAGCCCGCGGUCGUCCCCCACUCCCACCCCCACCUUUUUCUGGUAGAUACUCUUAACCUCCUUUC